UUCAGAUCAGUUAGUAGUGUAGUAAAUACCACUUUGCCCUCUUCCUACCAACUAAGCCUGGAGCAUUGACGUUAGGGUGCCUUGUUUAUUCUAGUCAGGAAAGGGGCAAGAGGACCGGGAGGGAGGAGACCCAAAUCCUAGAUUUUACUACGAGCCAUUUUUGGAACGCUGUGGGCAAAUUCCUAAUUUAUUUUAUUUUUGAGAGAGGCCUAGCCUGGAACCUAAUAUGUAGACUAGGCUGGCUUCUGCCUCCCGAGCGCUGGGAUUAAAUGUACCACCACACUCAGUUUUUGGUUUUAAGACUCGGUUUUACUAGAUUGCUUUAGCUUCAAACUCUAUCCUUCUACCUCAGCCCCUGAGUAGCUGGAAUUACAGGCCUCGGUUUCUCUACAAGGCAGAGAACGAAGUACGACCUUUGCACCUUUCCCGUCUGUCCCUUCCAAACUUCACAGCUCCGUACUCAAUAAACAAAAGGUUCCCUUAUAAAACACUGCUCUUUAUUUUCCAUUAUGGCCUUCGAAAGGUGCAGUCUUUUCAACCUUGUUAGACCGAAGGGAAGCUCCGCCCUCGGGUCUCGGGUUCCCAGCGCGAGCAUCCUUUCACAGGUUCUCAUUGGUUACCUCCGGCCGAGCCCCCGUAGCCUUGGCAACAGCGCCCGCCCCGGAGCUGCCAGUCCAGGAUUGGUCCGUAGCUCCCAAGUUCAACAGCGAACUCCUUAGGCCUUUGGCCUGAGUCAUUGAGAAACUGGAGUGGUGGUUGGCGAUCCUGGACGUCAGUCAAUUGGAGGCGGACCCAAUGGGAGAAAUGGCUGCCGUGUCUGCCGGUGGGUGAGCGGUUUCAGCGGGGGAGGUGUGGAGCCGGGUUGCAGCGUUCAGGGCAUACAGCUCCCACCAGUGGGAGGUGGAUUUCGGCUCCGCUGGGCUUGAAAGCGAACCUCAGCCUUCCGCGUCCCACACCCGGGCUCAGGUCCAUCUGGAACAGUAUCUAAAACUGCAAUCUAACUUCAGGCAUCAAAUUCCGUGACACUUGAGAAAUGUAAUGUUUUCCUGACGGCAGUCCUGCAGAGGAAGCAUCCUAGUGUGGACCUUAGAGCCCUCCCUGCUCUUCCAUGGCCCUGACAAUGAUGAACGGACAUCUUGUUGAGGACUCGAGCCCACCAACGCUGCUGCACCAGGUUAGCAAGACUCCUCAGCUAGAUGCCUUCAGCUACCAAAGCUGCUUCAUGCAAGACCUCUUUGCUCAUUUCCCCGAGGUCUUAUUUAUACACCGGACCUAUAACCCAAGAGGCAAGGUGUUAUACACCUUCCUGGUAGAUGGACCCCGGGUACAGCUUGAGGGUCCUCUUGCCCGAGUAGUGUACUUUGCUAUCCCUACCAAUGAAGAUGCCAAAGGCCUGGCCCAGAUGUUCCAGGUGUUCAAAAAGUUUAACCCAGCCUGGGAACGAGUCUGCACCAUCCUGGUGGAUCCCCACUUCCUCCUGCUGCCCACCUUGACCAUGGAGUUCCCCACCGCUGAGGUCUUGCUCUCAGCCUUCCACAUUUGUAAGUUCCUCCAGGGUAAAUUCUAUCAGCUCUCCCUAGAGCAGCCGGUACAAAGUGUGCUUCUCUCCUCCCUGCAGAGCACAAUGUGCUCAGCCACAGCUGGCAACCUGAGGAAGCUGUACACGCUCCUGAGCGACUGCAUCCCCUCCACCAGGCUACCUGAGCUUCACUCACACUGGCUGCUCAAUGACCGCAUCUGGCUGGCCCACCGCUGGAGAAGCCGAGCCCAGAGCAACCGAUACUUCCAGAGCCUGGAGGUCACAGCCCACAUCCUCAGUCAGUUCUUUGGUACUACCCCAUUUGAGAAACAAGGCAUGGCCUCUGUGUUCCGAUACAUGCAGCAGAACCCUUCUGACAAUGCAAGCUUCAGCCUGACUGUGACUCCCGAAGACAAUCCCGCUCCUCCAGACACGAGCCCUGAAAGCCCCAGCACAGAGCAAUUGGUGGAAGCCCGUAUCCAACACUCCCUCAAUGCCAUCUGCACAGGGCCAGCCGCCCAGCUCUGCCUAGGUGAGCUCGCUGUGGUCCAAAAAUCCAUGCACCUCAUUGGCUCUGGCUCAGAAAAAGUGAACAUACAGAUUCUGGAGGAUACGCACAACGUACAGCUCCAGUCCCCAGCCAGCUGCAGCUGCUACUUUAAUCAAGCCUUCCACCUGCCCUGCCGCCACAUCCUAGCCAUGCUCAGUGCCCGCCACCAGGUGCUCCAGCCUGACAUGCUGCAGGCUCCCUGGACCUCAGGCUGUGCCACCAGUCUAGACAGCAUCCUGGGAAGCAAGUGGAGUGCCGCCCUGGAUAAACACCUGGCCGUGACUCUCCUCACUGAGGAGGUAGGCCGGCUCUUGCAGCACUGUAGCCAGGAGGAAUUCGAGCGUCGCUACAGCACCCUUCGAGAACUCGCCGACAGCUGGAUCGGCCCUUACGAGCAGGUCCAGCUCUGAUCACACAGACAUGCCCAAUCCUGGGCACUGAACCCAGAGCAGCACGUAUGUGAGGCAGACACCACCACGGCCUCUAUUUCUUAUUCUGAGGCAGCCAGCCUCACUAGGUUGCCUAGGCUGGCCUGAAGCUCAGUAUGUAGCUGAGACUGGUCUUGAACUCCUCCUGAUCCUCUGUCUCCCAAGGGCUGAGCACUGCCUCUUUUUAUUUUGAGAUACUUCACAAGGUUGCCCAGCCUAGUCGUGAACUCACUCUGUGGACAGGCUGGCUUUGACCUUAUGAGCCUCCUGAGUGAAUGGGAUUCCAGGCCUGUGUCACCAGGCCUGACUUUUGGUCAUGUUGCUGCCCUGAAGUGUUCAUGUACAUAUGUACCUUCAGAUCCUCCCCUCUGCACACAGCUGUGCUUCCUCCGGAAGUCCUCUGUUCUACUCCAGUCUUCGAUCUAGAAUGCGGCAAGCUCCAUAAAACAGCUGUCAGAAAAUGUUUUUUGGCUGGGCGGCUCGUGGCACACGCCUUUAAUCCCAGCAUUCAGGAGGCAGAGGCAGGCGGAUCUCCAUGAGCUCAAGGCCAGCUUGGUCUGCAGAGCAAGUUCUAGGACAGGCUCCAAAACUACAGAGAGAAACCCUGUCUCAAAAAACAAAACAAAACAACAACAACAAAAAACAAAAGAAGAAAAAAUGUUUUCUGUUAGGGGGUUAGUAGUAAAUAUUUGUGGGCUUUGACGGUCGAAUAUGGGCUUUGUUGUGCAUUCUGGCUUCAGAUUGACAACUUUUUCACAAAGAAAAAUAUAGCUCAAGAAACUUCUGUAAACAAGGGAUUCCUUGAGAGAGAUGGGGGUGAGGGGUGAUGAGGUUGAAGACUCAGUGUUGGUAACUACGGUAACUACUGCCCCAGUCAUGAGAUGGCUCACCUGAUGCCAGCUCUGGAACCUUCCCACAAAGGAAGAGGCUGCUACGGUGAGUCAACCAGGCUUCCCAGUUUUUCCCGACCCACCCUGGGAUCAAUAAAGUGAAUGUUGUAUCCCCA